CAAAGAUGGCGGCUGCCGGUUCGCCCUUGGUUUCUAUUCGCUUGCUAUGGAGGGUAUCUAGUUAUUGUCGGACGAGGGGGCUGCUUGAUGAUGUGCGGUGGGGGACGUUUGGAAAGCAUAAAAUACCCCGGCCGUGGAAUACAGGGAAAGCUUUCAUUAGCCAAGUAGCUGAGACUUACGCUCCAACUUGUGAAUUAAACUCGAACCCAAACGCCUUAGAGAAAUGUACAGGACCAUUACAUCACUAUGAUUAUCUCGUAAAGGAGGCCUUACUAAGAAAAGAUGACCAUCAACGGAGAGUAAUGCAGCAUUUACAGAGCCUUCAGGAAAACCUAAAGGGAUACAGAAAGGAUUCUAAAGGUGUCUUGUCUAAGCUUUUUGGCAGAAGAAAGACUCCAAAAGGACUCUAUGUCUUUGGGGAUGUUGGUACUGGAAAGACUAUGGUAAUGGACAUGUUUUUUGAUCAUGUUGAAGUUGAACAGAAAAAGCGAGUACAUUUCCAUGGGUUUAUGCUUAAUGUACAUGAAAGAAUACAUCGUCUGAAGAGAAAUUUACCAAAAAGGAAGGCGGGAUUUAUGGCCAAAGCCUAUGAUCCCAUUGCACCAAUAGCUGAAGAAAUUAGUGAGGAGGCCUGCCUUCUGUGUUUUGAUGAAUUUCAGGUAACCGACAUUGCUGAUGCCAUGAUCCUUAAACAACUUUUUGAAAAUCUGUUUCUAAAUGGAGUUGUUGUGGUGGCAACUUCCAACAGGCCUCCAGAAGACCUCUAUAAAAAUGGACUCCAAAGGGCAAACUUUGUGCCAUUCAUUGCUGUGCUAAAGGAAUAUUGCAGUACUGUUCAGCUGGACUCGGGAAUAGACUACAGAAAAAGGGUUCUCUCUGCUGCUGGUAAAAUAUAUUUCCUCACAAGUGAAGCUGAUGUGGAGGCUGUCAUGGAUAAGUUGUUUGAUGAGCUGGCUCAGAAGCAAAAUGAUAUAACAAGACCACGGAUCCUGAAAGUGCAGGGCAGGGAGCUAAAGCUGAAUAAAGUCUGUGGAUCUAUUGCCGACUGUUCAUUUGAGGAACUGUGUGACCGUCCUCUGGGAGCAAGUGACUAUUUGGAAAUGUGUAAAAGUUUUGACACCGUUUUCAUUCGAUGCAUUCCACAUCUGGACAUGUCAAAGAGGUCUCAGGCUCGACGGUUCAUUACUCUCAUUGAUGCCUUUUAUGACCACAAGGUUCGGGUUAUCUGUUCUGCUGACAAACCUUUGCAGAGUUUAUUUCUUCAGAAAGUUCCUGAAGUAGAAGGAGGAAACACAAUUCUCCUGGAUGAUCUCGGUCUGAAUGAGGAGUUAUCUGGGGGCCUCUCUAUAUUUACAGGGGAGGAGGAGAUAUUUGCGUUCCAGCGUACUUUAUCUCGACUGACACAGAUGCAGACUGAACAGUAUUGGAGAGAUGGCGACAGAAGUCAGAUAUAGUAAAUGCUGCUUAAGACUAACAGAGGGGCACAUCCCUGAGGAAAGGCAUUUUAUUUAUCAGAAGUGUUUUAUUUUGCACUCAUCUCUCAGGACCAAUCCAGGAUUGAUUUAAAUCAACUGCAGACAAUGGCAGAGCCAGAGACUGCAAGCCUCAAUCUCAUUUCACUGUAGGAGCACAUGCUGACUGCUUGGUGUAACUAUAUUUACCUUGUACCCAGAUUAACCUAUGGAACACGGCACAUUGCUGGUGCUUUGCCUAAUGCAUUUUCCACUAUGUGGUAAUCAUAUAAAAACACUGACACAGGAUGACUGCUACCUGAACACUCUCUCAUUUGGGGAUUUAGCCUGCAGUCACACAAGUACUUGUAAUAUAUUCCUCAUACUGUACUGAUUUUGUGGCGAGAGCCUCAUUGGCUAAGACUAAGUUAAUCUUAAUCAGAUGUUUUUACAUACAUACAGCGUGCAACAAGGCACAGCACAAUAUACAUUAGGCACAUGGGUGGGUACGGUGAUGAUCUUAGCCUCAUGUGCCAAUUAGGUUUGCUCCAUCUAUACAAUGAGCGGCUUUUAGAUUAACAUUUUAAACUCUCCAUGUUCUAUAAAGGAAUUAGCAUUGCCAUAUUCGUUAUCGAUAGAGAUGAAACAAUUUACUCAAAACUCUCCCCCAAGUCCUAUAGGAAGUAAAAAGAAAAUAGUCUUCUACUCCAAGACUAAUUGCUAUGUACUGUAUACUGGGGCAUAGUGGCACUCCUUUAGUCUGUGCAAGACCGGAAAUAAACCCACGCGUCAUGUUAUUGCUCCUGUUAUAUCAGCAGGAUGGAGCAUUCUCAGAUAUAUGUCUCCAAUCAAAUAUUUUUAAAUAAAUUAGUACAUUGUAUUAAAUGCACAGAAAGGAGAAGAAAGAAGGUCUUUAAUUGAGUUAUGAACACCUCAUUGAUUUAAUUUACAUUAUUAUUUCCUUUUAAGUUAGUUUUAUUCAAAAAAGCUACUUUAGCAUAAAUUGAAAAGAAAGGGUCAUGGAAGUUAUACCAUAACAUUCUUUCUUUUAAUUUGAAACUCUCUUAAGCCAAAAGUACAAUUCUGUUCACUAAAUAUUAUAUGCACAAUGUGUAAAGCUUUAAAUAUGUAUGAAUACGAUACAUAUCCAUAGAUGUGCUCAAUUACUUCUGCUGCGUAGGUGCUACAGUGACACUAAGUGCAAUAUUUUUUUAAACCUCCUGAAAGUAGUGUUUGCAGAAGUGCACACUGUUGAUGAUAUUGUAUGAUAUACGUAUAUCAUAUUAUUUAUUAGCACAAUAUAUCUUAAAUAGUAUUAGCACCAACCUGUUCAUAGCCCCAGCAAUCUCUUAGAAAUGCAGGAAAGUGCCUGGGAAGAAAAAUGUAGAACAUAAAAAGCAGAGAUAAACUACAGUAAAAGACUGAAUCCAGCAUUUGCACUCGGCAUCAACCUGCUCGUUCCUUCUGAUGAUCAAGUGAUGGUGCUGUGUUUUAUUAAAUUGAUUCUGUAUUGCUGUGUAUUUAUUUAAUCUGUCAGACCUCUGUUAAGUACAAUAUCAAACAUUUCCAAUAAAAUAAACCAGCAACAAUCAAUGCCCAGCCAAGUUGUAUUGGCACCCUGACAAUCCUCCUUCUCCUCUGCCAGUCCUUUUAUUGCACCGACCCCCCACUGCGGGUUGCUCAAUUAUUUCCUCCUCCUCAGUCAUUAGCUCACUGCUCCCCACCAGUUGCACCCCCAUUCUGCUCUAGUGAGCUGUCUCUGUAUUCUACCCCUGGCAACAAUUAUUGUAAAUCUUUCCAUAGUUUAAAAAUCAUACGCCUUGUUUUACUUUCCAUAAAUAAACUGCUAAUCUGACUGUU